AUGGAGGCGCCGGCGACGGGAGCGGGGCCGUGCCAGCGCGCAGGCGCGCCCGGCGCGGGGAGCCUCGCGACGCGGGAGGAGUGCGCGCAGGCGUGCCUCGACGACGACGCCUGCCUCACGGCCGCCUUCGGCGCGGGGCCGCCCGGGAGCUGCUCCCUGCACGCCGAGCGCUGCAGGCCGCGCGGCGGCCCCGCCGAGGUGCUGCUCGGGAAGCAGUGCCAGACGGCCGUGCCCGCCGCCUGCGCCGCGGUGACCGGCGACCUCCGCCGCCUGCCCGCCGCGGCCUCGGCGACCACGGCGGCCUGGCUUCAGCUCUCGGGCCGCGGCCUCGCCGUGCUCCACAUGCAGUGCCUCCACGAUGCCGAGGUCGCAGUGAGCGUGGAGGCGCGCGCGCAGGCGCCGGCGGGCGCUCAGCUUGCGCUGCACGUGGCUGCUGCGCGCGCCCACGGCGCCUGGAGGCAGCUCGCUGGCGUCGAGGCGCAGUGGGCCCCCGGCGCCGCGGGCACGGGGGCCGACGGCAACUGGACGUGGUCCGCCCCUGCGCCGGCCUUGGCUCUCGACGCGGGGCGCUUCCGGCUGCUCCUCAACAUCAGCUCAGGGGGCGCGCUGGUGGAGCUGCGGGGCGUGCGAGCGCGCAGCAGUGGGUCGUGCUUCCUGGACCCCGUGCCCGCGCUGCACCUGGAUGGCCUGCUGAUCGGGCACGUGGGCACCAUGUCGCGCGACUCGCUGGUGACCGACUCGGCGGCUGCCGCGACGGCGCUGGCGACGGGCCACCGCACCGACAACCUCCGCAUCGGCGAGCUGGGCGGGAACUCAAGCCGGGCCGUCGGGACGAUCAUGGAGGGCGCUGAGGCAGCAGGCCUCCUCACUGGGCUCGUGACGACGACAAGGCUCACGCACGCGACGCCGGCGAGUUUCAGCGCCCACACGCCAUCCCGCAGCGACGAGGAUCUCAUCGCGCGCCAGCAGCUCCAGCAGGGCUGUGAGGUGCUGCUGGGGGGCGGGCUCGAGAAGUUCCAGGCGAGCGGGCGCCAGGACGGGCGCGACCUCUUGCAAGAGGCGGAGUCUCUGGGCUACCGCAUCGCGCUCAACCUCUCCUCCCUGAGGGCGGGCGCGGAGGCGGAGGCGGAGGCCGCCAGGAGUGGGCGGCCGCCCCGCCUCCUUGGGCUCUUCGCCGAGAGCCACCUCCCCUACGAGCUGGACUACGACUCGGUCGGGCCAGCGGUGCCCUCCCUGCGCGACAUGACCGCCGCCGCUCUGCGCGUGCUCUCGGCCGGAGGGCCGGCGGCCGCCUCCGGCGGCAGGGGCCUGUUCCUGCUGGUGGAGGGCGGUCGCAUCGACCACGCGGGGCACGCGAACGACGCGCCGGCGGUGGCGCGAGAGGUGCUCGCCUUCGACGACGCCGUGGGCGAGGCGCUGGGCUACGUCUCUGGGCGAGAGGGCGCGCUGCUGGCGGUCACCGCGGACCACGAGACGGGGGGCCUCUCCCUGGGGUGCUGCAACGCCUACGACAUGAACCUGACGGGGCUGAACCUGGCCGGGUCCAGCGCGGCUGCCAUGGCGAACGAGAUCUACACUGCCCUGGCCGGAGGCCAAGCCGUAGGGAUCAGCGCCGCGGAGGCCGUGCGGACCACCGUCGCAGCCGCCGCAGGGGGCGCCGAGCUGCCCGAGGAGGUUGUGCAGGAACUCGCAGACAUAGCCGACGAGCUAAUCAACGCAUCGAAGGUGGCAAGUACCUGCCAGGUUGGCCACACAGAGCAGUGUGCAGACCUCAUGAUGCGGCUGGACGGCGGCGGCACCCUGCAGUUCGCCCUCGCGCAAGGGCUGUCCCGGCACGCGUACGGGGUGGGCUUUACGAGCCAUGGCCACACAGCUGUGGACGUCCCGCUUUAUGCAGCGGGCGCUGCGCAGUCUCUGGAACCCGGGUUCUGGCAGAACGACGCGCUCGGCCGCGCGCUGAUUACGGCCUUGGGCGUGGACCCGGCCGAGGGGCUGCGGAUGGCCAGAGAGAGGAUGGAAGCUGCCGGCGUGCCCCCUCAGUGA